GCCGGGGUCAAGGAGCGUGGAGGUUUGUACCCGCAGCCCGGACGCUUCUGCCCCAUCAGUCUGCACGUCGGCCCCGCCUCCCAGACCACCUUGCGGGGGGCACCAGUGAUCUGGAGUGUGGGACUCGGCCUCCCUGCGCUCGUGGCUGACGGUGUGACCUUGGGCAAGUCUGGCCUGCUGGGCCUUAGUUUCCCUCUCUGCAGCAGAGCAUGGAGAUCUUGGCCAUGAACUCCUCUGGAGGAGGAAGGCAGGAAGCAGCAGGGUCCAGGGGUAGAAGGGCCCCCAGACCCCGGGAACAGGACCGAGACGUGCAGCUGUCCAAGGCUCUGUCCUAUGCCCUGCGCCAUGGGGCCUUGAAGCUGGGGCUUCCCAUGGGAGCUGAUGGCUUCGUGCCCCUGGGCGCCCUCCUGCAGUUGCCCCAGUUCCACGGCUUCUCUGCUGAAGAUGUGCAGCGUGUGGUGGACACCAAUAGGAAGCAGCGGUUCGCCCUGCAGCAGGGGGAUCCCAGCACUGGCCUUCUCAUCCGAGCCAACCAGGGCCAUUCCCUGCAGGUCGGGGUACCUGAGUUGGAGUUGAUGCCCCUGGAGACGCCACAGGCCCUGCCCCCGAUGCUAGUCCAUGGUACAUUCUGGAAGCACUGGCCAUCCAUCCUACUCAAGGGCCUGUCCUGCGGGGGAAGGACACACAUCCACCUGGCCCCAGGACUGCCUGGAGACCCCAGUGUCAUCAGUGGUGCCCAGUCCCCAGCUUCAGCUGUCUCUGCAGGCAUGCGGCCCCAUUGUGAAAUAGCUGUGUUCAUUGAUGGACCCCUGGCUCUGGCAGCAGAUGGAAUAUCCUUCUUCCGCUCUGCCAAUGGGGUGAUUCUGACUCCAGGGAAUACUGAUGGCUUCCUGCUUCCCAAGUACUUCAAGGAGGCCCUGCAGCUACGCCCUACCCGAAAGCCCCUUUCCUUGGCUGGUGAUGAAGAGACAGAGUGUCGGAGUGGCCCCAAGCACUGCUCCAGAGAAAGGAGAAGGAUCCAACAAUAAAAUAUUAAUUUAUAAAAAAGAAAUUUUAAAAAGUAACAAGAAAGAAA